UUUGGUGAGUGGUGUACGUGUCAGUGAGCUUGGAGAGAUCUCUCGCGAGGGGAAAAAAAAAUAAGCUAUAUCUAGCAGUGAGUGAUCGAGUUAGGUUCGCCGGCGGCAGGACGGACGCCGGUGAUCGAUGAUCCCUUACGGCACGGCGGCGGAGGCGGAGGCGGCGCUGGGGCGCGGCCUGACGCCGGCGGAGGCCGCCUGGUUCCGCUACUCGGCGGCGAUGCCGGACCACUGGCUGCUGUGGCACAACACCUUCAUCCUGUUCCUAGCCCACAUGGUGGUGCCGCUGCCGCUGGCGCUCCUGGAGCGCGUGGCGCCGGCGUUCGCCAUGAGGUACAAGCUGCAGCCCCGGGUGCGGCUCUCCAUGGCUGCCGUCGCCCGCUACUUCGGCGACACCAUCCGUGUCUUCCUGCUCGUCCUCGUUCCCUACCAGCUCAUCUCCUACCCCGUCGUCAAGGUGGGUGGUAUCCGGAUGGGUCUUCCUUUGCCAUCAGUGGGCGAGGUAGCCGUGCAGCUGGUAGCCUACGCCUUGGUGGAGGACUACCUCUCGUACUGGAUCCACCGCUUGCUGCACACGGAGUGGGGGUACCACAAGAUCCACCACGUCCACCACCAGGUCACCGCGCCCACGUCCUUCGCCACGUCAUACAGCCACUGGGCCGAGGUCGCCGUCUUCGGCGUCCCUACCUUCGCCGGGCCCACCAUCGCACCCUGCCACGUCGUCACGCAUUGGCUCUGGUUUGCCGUCAGUAUUUUCGAGGCCAUCAGCGCCCACUGCGGGUACAACUUCCCGUUUGAUCCCACCAAGCUGAUCCCGUACCACGGAGGAGCAGAAUUCCAUGACUACCAUCACUUGGUUGGAAGGCAAAGCAACAGCAACUUUAGCUCAAUUUUCACCUACUGCGAUUACAUAUACGGAACAGAUAAAGGCUAUAAGUACUACAAGGCAAACGUAGCAAAGGUGAAGGCAAAGCUGGCAAGAAACAGUACGGAGAGAGAAGGCAGAAACGGAUUCAGCAGUACGAAGCUGGACUGAGAUUUGUCACCCCCCGGCCCCUUGCACGUGAAUAAUGGUGCCUAGCUAUAUCUAUACAUACAGUUUGUUAUAGUCUUGCGGGUCCUUUUUCUCAAGGAACCUAAGAUGGACAAAUAAUCUGAAGUUAAUAAGUACAACUACUUAAUUAUGCCCUGUACAUUAUACUCACUUGUAAUCUGCUUUUGUACAACCCCUGCCAUGUACAUUAUACUCACUUGUAAUCUGCUUAAUUAUGCUACCUGCGUCUAUUAUUAUACCUUACAUAUAAAUAAUUAA